AUGUCAACCCAUUUCUCCUCCUCGAAGCUCGCGUCGCAGAAGGCGGCCGCGUCUCUCUUGGUGGACGACGAUGCACCGUAUCACGACUCCCGCCCCAUAGCGCGUCUUCCACUCGACGACGACGGCAUGGCGGUGUUGCCGCUUCCGCAGGCAGUGCAAUACGCCACGGAUUCGGGCUCAGUUUCCCCUCUGCUCUCCUCUGAUGCGGAUGAGGAACCUUCUAACGAAAUCGGGAAGAAUGCAACUUGGAUGGAACUGCGGAAAUGCAGCUACUCGACGCAGCCGGCGAACCACUCCGGCACACACACCUCCCAACACGAUUCACAUCACGGCACUCGUCGGAGCAGUGCAAGUUGGACUGACGGCGGCAGCCCCCAAGACCGACGCACGCCGCUCACGCAUUGCACCACCAGUGUCGAUAAGCGACAUAUCGAGCGCCUCGCGCAGCCGAGAGGUGCGCAGGGCUCUUUGGUGAGGCCCGCGGAGCCGAACUACGGCCGCCUGCUGAACUUCACAGAAGAGGAGGAGCAAGCAAGAGGGCGAGCGCAACAGCACUGCCGCAAGUCACUGCGCGCCCCAUCGAGCCCGAUUACUCCCAGCCUAGAACAGACCCAGUCGAUGGGAAGUCAACCUCCGCCUUCUCGUCCGGAGAGCAAGCACCACGCUGCGGUGGCUAAUGCUGCCCUGUUAGCCUCACAGAGGGCAUACUACGAGAAGCUUGCGGCACCGAAGAAAUGUCCCGCUGCAUUCGCGGUCGGCGGCGCACCGCCGCCGUCUCAGACUUCCUCGACGACCGACGCCGGUACACCGACGUCUCUCACCUCCUCGACGGCGGCCGCGCCACGCAGAGGCAGCAGCAGCAUUUUCGACCGCCUAGCCGUGCCGAAGAAGCCGGUCGCCGCCUGUUCUGAGGAGGCCAUGCCGCUGCCAGAGCGGCGGCCUCGUUCUCAUUCAUUUUAUGCGCGCGUUCUUACGCCGCCGCAGCACGAUCUGUACCUGCAGUGCCUCUCACGGCCAAAGAACCGGAGUGCGUCGUCUCACCGCGACCCGCGCGCACCGGUAGAGUCCAACCUGCACAUCCCUCAGAAGCGUUACUAUGGCGGCACCACUGCUAUAUCGGUCUCACCUGGCACACCCGCUUCUACUGGACUGCCGCCGCCGUCAUCCCACGCCGGCGGACGUCGCAAUGGUCGCGUGCCGAGCGCGUCGUGGGAGGCGGUGGCCAGCUACGCGGAGCGACGCCCAUUGUCGACGGCGGCCUCCUGCUUCCCGCCAUCUGGUUUGUGCGCCGAAUGCGGGACUGCACUCCAGCAGCAGACAUGCACGGUGUCGUCACAACCCACCCUCUCCGGCGCGGCGGCACUGCACGGGGUUAUGGUGAAGCAGGUGGCGGUGCUACCGCACCAGCCUCUUCCCACGGCUCCUGCCACAAAUGGCGAUGGACUGGUGCAGGUGCAGUCAGCCCCAGCGAAGAGUACUGGCUCGAAGCCCCCGAUCGUGGUGCGUACUCGCCGGUACGUGCCGCCGUCGGAGGAGCAGGGUGCCGAGGCUGCCGGUCAGUUGGCGUCCCGCGCAGCGAAGCAGGAGAGCCCCGCAGCCCCUGCGCCGGAACCGGUUGAGGCGGUGCGGCGACGUACUGCAAUACCGACUGCGCCGACUGAAGCGAAAACGACGCCCGCAUCGGAGAAGGAGCAGCCGAAAAUGGCAGACACCACCCCUCUGGAGAUGCCGGCACGCGCCAUGCCGGCUCCUGUCGCGGUGCAGGCAGUCAAGCGAGUGUCUCCUGCGCCUGCUGCCACUGCAGUCACUCCAGCUUCACAGAGACCUAUCAUGCCGGAGGCCUCCAAAAGGCAUACCCCUGCUCCAUGCUCGGCACCAGUAGCGCCAGGGCCCUCGCGCCCGGAAGCUCCACCUCAGCCAACGCAAGUGAAAUCUGUGCACAUCCAUCCUUCUCCCUCCUCGGUAUCAGUUACUGCUUCGCCGUCACCCAAGGUGGUCAUUGUGACACCGCAGGCGGUAGCCGUGGCAGAAAACCGCACUGUCGACGUUGCCUCAGCCUCCGCAAUGAAAGAUGUGCACGCCAUUCCGACGCCGCCUUCCAGCGACAAGAAGCACCUUCGCAAGAUCACGCACAGAAAACCGAACAGUGUCAAGCUGGAGGUGCUUCGGGACGCGGACUUCGCGUGCCAACUGGAGGUCUUGCCGGGGACGCGCCAAGCUGUGAGUAUCGCGAAGAAGCCAUAUACAAUGGCAAAGCCAACGGUGAAGGCACUGUCUCCAAAGUAA